AUGAGUGAUUCUGACCUGCUCCUGUCUCCAUUUGAGGAGGCUGUGGAGGACCAGCCCUUCUCAGACAAGGGCGUAGGUCUGUCGUUAGCUGAAGUACUGCUUCCUCUGGUGAAGUCUCCAUCUCCUGCUCCCACUCCUAAGCCACGCUCAACGCGUUACAAGACUGUGCUGUGUAGACUGUAUGCAGAGACGGGCACUUGCAAGUAUGCCGAGCGCUGUCAGUUUGCACAUGGUUUCCACGACCUUCGCAUGCCUUCACAACACCCAAAGUACAAAACAGAGCUGUGCCACGCUUUCUACACAACGAGUUACUGUGUUUACGGCUCCCGAUGUCUCUUUGCUCAUAGCCUGGUGGAGCAACGUCCUGUACGACAUCAGCGUCGGAACGUUCCAUGUCGCACUUUCCGGUCGUUUGGCGUAUGUCCCUUCGGCACACGCUGCCGCUUCUUGCAUGUUGAGGGUAGUGGAUUGGAGUCUGAUGGCGCUGAGGAGGAUGUUUGGGCAGCACCAUUUUCUCAGAACUGGAAGAAUCGUGAUGCUCUCUGCCACACCUUCAGCUCUCUUGGCUUCUGCCACUAUGGCACCCGCUGCCGCUUCCAGCACAGGGUCUCCAGCACCAAACAAGACUCAGACUACAACCUGGAGUCCCCUUGGUCUUCCAAGAUACCUGGGAAAGCAGUUUUUGAUGUGCAGUCCUUAUCCCUGUCCUCCUCUUUGUCUACAUCACCAACCUCAGCGCUGGCCUCGCCUGUGUGUCCAGAAGACUCUCAGUCUUCUAGCCCACCAUCCAGUGAGCCCAUGGCCAACAACGCUUUCACCUUUACCAGCCAGGACCUGAAUGAUCUCUUACUGCCUCUGGCCCUGAGACUACAGCAGCUGGAGAAUGUGGGCCAUGCUCAGCUUUAA